UGAUUCUCCGGGGUGUUUCAACAGGAAGGCGGACAUGUUGGUCAGGCAGUGGGAGAAAAUCGGGCACCCAGUAUUUUUUUUUUUUUUUUGAAUAGCAGCAUCGUUAAAGCUUGAUUUAUCCGCAUUCCCAAAGCAUCGUGGAUUACAUACUUGUUGGAAAAGUAAAAGCCGGCAUGCGGACUAAGAGAGAUUUAUCACGGGAGGAUUUGUAAAGGAUCGUUUUAACCAGGAUUUUGUUUUAACUCAUCGAAAUUUGUAAGGCGAAGUUUUUUGGUCGCCACUUCUCACUUUGCAGCUGUCAGACUCGUUUGGCCUGGCAAGCUUUUAUGGACAGAGGCCUGGAGAAACUUCAUUUCGUGUGGCCGCAUGCUAACUCUGCAGCAUUUGUUUUAUCGCUUGUUUUUGCGUGAAUGUGAUCGGUUUGUAUGUUUUAAACGAGCCCAUUCCCUUCAUAUCUCCUGAAGCUAAAUUAGCUUAGCGCAGUAUAAUCUGUUGCUGCUGCUUUUUGUGUUUGCCAAGUUGUCAUGGACUAAUCCGACACCUCGUCCUGUUGUUGUUUUGUCUCGAAAAUGUGGCUUUUCGUCCUCUCUCGGUGUUGUAUACGAUUCAACGAGAGCGAUAUUAAGGUAGUAAGGCACAAAACGUUGCUUUGAUCAAACUGGUGCUUAUUGCUUUGCGAGGGCAGAGGAAGUUAGCGAGUUAAUUUGCUAAUCUUAGCCAGUAACUCGCAUCUCCUCCACACUUCUGAAUCAAAUUCGUCUGAUCAGCUCCAAACAUGUCUGCUGGAGAAAGUUUGACAGCUCGAUUCGAGAAGAUCGAUGCCAUGCUGAAGGAUCCCAAAUCAGAGGUCAACACAGACUGUUUGCUGGACAGUCUGGAUGCUCUGGUUUAUGACCUUGAUUUUCCAGCCCUGAGGAAAAACAAAAGCAUCGACAACUUCUUGAAUAGAUAUAAGGACACAAUCAGCAAAAUUCGGGAGCUGCGCAUGAAAGCAGAAGACUAUGAAGUGGUAAAGGUCAUAGGACGAGGGGCAUUUGGAGAAGUGCAGCUGGUGAGGCACAAAGCCACACGGAAAGUAUACGCCAUGAAGCUGCUCAGCAAGUUUGAGAUGAUCAAGAGGUCGGACUCUGCUUUCUUCUGGGAAGAGAGGGAUAUCAUGGCCUUUGCCAACAGUAACUGGGUAGUACAGCUGUUUUAUGCCUUCCAGGACGACCGCUACCUCUACAUGGUGAUGGAGUAUAUGCCAGGUGGAGACCUGGUCAACCUAAUGAGCAACUACGACGUGCCUGAGAAGUGGGCUCGUUUCUACACUGCUGAGGUUGUGCUGGCACUGGACUGCAUCCACUCCAUGGGCUUCAUUCACAGGGAUGUGAAGCCAGACAACAUGUUGCUAGACAAGUCAGGCCACUUGAAGCUGGCAGACUUUGGGACCUGCAUGAAAAUGAACAAGGAUGGAAUGGUACGAUGUGACACAGCAGUAGGAACUCCAGACUACAUUUCCCCAGAGGUACUGAAGUCGCAGGGAGGAGACGGUUACUAUGGCCGAGAGUGUGACUGGUGGUCUGUGGGGGUCUUCCUGUAUGAGAUGCUCGUCGGUGACACGCCGUUCUACGCUGACUCUCUCGUGGGCACCUACAGCAAAAUCAUGAAUCACAAGAAUGCCCUGACCUUCCCCGAUGACAGCGACAUCUCAAAGGAUGCAAAAAGCCUCAUCUGUGCUUUCCUCACAGACAGGGAUGUGCGGUUAGGACGCAAUGGAGUCGACGAAAUCAAACGGCAUAGUUUUUUCAAGAACGACCAGUGGGCAUGGGAGAACAUCAGAGACACUGCUGCCCCAGUGGUGCCGGAGUUAAGCAGUGAUGUAGACACAAGCAAUUUUGAUGACAUUGAGGAGGAUAAAGGAGAGGAGGAGACGUUCCCCAUUCCUAAAGCAUUUGUAGGCAACCAGCUUCCGUUUGUGGGCUUUACCUACUACCAGUUUCCUCGGGAACCAGCUAUAAAGACAAGUGACAAACGCAGUUCGACAAAAGAAGAUAAGAGUCAUUUGGAGAAUCUUCAGAAGAGAAUUUAUCAGCUAGAAGAACAACUUCACAGUGAGAUGCAGCUGAGAGAUGAGAUGGAGCAGAAGUGCAGGGCAUCCAAUACAAAGCUAGACAAGAUAAUGAAAGAGUUAGAUGAGGAGAGUAACCUAAGGAAGAGUGUGGAGGCCAACAUGUCUUUACUGGAGAAAGACAAGAUCAUGAUUCAGCACCGAGCAACAGAACAUCAGAGAAAGGCUGAACAGGAGGCUGAAAAACGAAGAAAUCUGGAGAAUGAGGUGUCUACGUUGAAGGAGCAGCUGGAAGACAUGAGGAAAAUGAGUCAAAACAAUGAAAAGGUCACCCAGCUGCAGAACCAACUGAGGGAAGCCAAUGACCUUCUGCGGGCUGAGUCUGACACGGUGGUGCGUUUAAGGAAAAGCCACACGGAGAUGGUAAAGUCCAUGAGCCAGCUGGAGAGCGUGAAUCGUGAGCUGCAGGAGAAGAGCCGCGCAGCAGAGAGCGUCAAACAACAGCUGGAAAAAGAGCUGCUUCAAGUGCAGACCACGCUAGACACAGAGAGACGAACCUGCAGCCAAGGCUCAGAGGAGAUCAGAGAACUGCAAGCUCGUAUCACAGGUCUGCAGGAGGACAACAAGAACUUGAAACACAGUCUGUCUAAAGUGGAGCUGGAGAGGAAACAAGUGCAGGACAGAUGUAACGUUCUUGAGAAGGAGAAGAACAGUCUGGAAAUCGACCUGAACUACAAGCUGAAGACUCUACAGCAGCGGAUGGAUCAGGAAAUGACAGAGCAUCGCAUUACGAAAGCUCAACUCACAGACAAAUACGAGUCUAUCGAGGAGACCAAGUCAGCUGCUAUGCACGCGGUGGAGCAGAAGGUGUCGGAAGAGAACACGCUGCGGAUGCGAGCGGAGAGCAGGGUGGUGGAGGUAGAGAAGCAGUGCUCCAUGCUGGAGUUUGAUCUCAAGCAGUCUGUGCAGAAGAUGGAGCAGCUGAUGAAGCAGAAGGAGAGGCUGGAGGAAGAGGUGAAGGAACUGCGGGUGCAGUUGGAGCAGGAGUCUGGGAAGCGUGCUCUGGCCCAGAAUGAGCUGAAAAACUGGACGAUGGAGGCCGAACGCCUGAAAGGAUCAGAGAAGCAACUCAAACAGGAGAUCAAUGCGGCCCUUGAGAACAAACGCUCUGUUGAGUUCCAGCUGGCACAGCUCACCAAGCAGUACAGAGGAAAUGAGGGUCAGAUGAGGGAACUUCAGGACCAGCUGGAGGCUGAGCAGUAUUUCUCAACACUCUAUAAAACUCAGGUGAAGGAGCUGAAGGAGGAGAUAGAGGAAAAGAACCGUCAAACUCAAGACGCUCUCAAAAAAGUCCAGGACAUGUACUCAGAGAAGGAGUCGUUGUCUGCUCAGUUGGACCUCACCAUGACGAAGGCAGAGUCGGAGCAGUUGGCCCGCGCGCUGCAGGAGGAGCAGUAUUUUGAACUCUCUCAGGAGCACAAGAAAGCCACCUCACGGUACAAACAGGAGAUCUCAGAGAAGGACUUGACCAUCGGACAGCUUGAGGAAUCCAAUAAAACCCUUACCAAAGAUGUGGAGAUCCUCAGUAAGGAGAAGACCGAACUGAACGAGAGACUCCAAGCUCAAGAAGAAGCAUUUGCAGCAGGGAAAGAGGAGCUGGCAAACACAAUAAAGGCGAAUUACGAGAAGGCUCUUAAUAUAGAAAGAACUCUGAAGACCCAGGCGGUGAAUAAGCUGGCUGAGAUCAUGAACCGGAAGGACAUGAAGUUGGACCAGAAGAAGAGAGGCAGCACCACUGACCUGCGCAAGAAAGAGAAGGAGAACCGUAAACUGCAGCUGGAGCUCAACCAGGAGAAGGAGAAGUUCAACCACAUGGCCAUCAAGUACCAGAAGGAGCUGAACGAGAUGCAAGCGCAAUUAGCAGAGGAGUGCACGUAUCGCAACGAGUUGCAGAUGCAACUAGACAGUAAGGAGAGUGACAUUGAGCAGCUUCGAGAGAAACUGAAUGACCUGCAGCUCCGCGUGGACAGCUCUAGCAUCACCAGCCUGCAGCCAGACGAGACAGACAGUAACAUUGCUGAAUCAAGGCUUGAAGGCUGGCUUGCCAUACCUAAUAGGGCUAAUAUAAAAAGAUACGGCUGGAAAAAACAGUAUGUUGUGGUCAGCAGUAAAAAAAUUCUCUUUUACAACGAUGAGCAAGACAAGGAGCAGUCCAACCCUUCUAUGGUACUAGAUAUCGACAAACUUUUCCAUGUGCGUCCUGUCACGCAAGGUGACGUUUAUCGAGCUGAGGCUGAUGAAAUUCCAAGAAUAUUCCAGAUCCUGUAUGCGAAUGAAGGUGAGUGCAGGAAGGAAGCAGACCUGGAGAGUGUUCCUCAGGGUGAUAAGACCAACUGCUUGCCCCACAAAGGCCAUGAGUUCAUCCCCACCCUCUAUCAUUUCCCCUCAAACUGCGAGGCUUGCUCCAAACCGCUGUGGCACGUCUUCAAGCCUCCGCCGGCCCUGGAGUGCCGCCGAUGCCACGUCAAGUGCCACAAGGACCAUCUGGACAAAAAGGAGGAUGUUAUUGCUCCUUGCAAAGUUAAUUACGAUGUGACAUCGGCCAGAGACAUGCUGCUUCUGGCCUUGUCCCAAGACGAGCAAAAGAAAUGGAUCGGUCAUCUCGGCAAGAAGAUUCCCAAGACCCCUCCUUCCACUUUCGCAAGGGCGUCUCCACGCACCAUGUCCACCCGCUCCGUAGCAAACCAGUCCUUCCGCAAGAACCCCAAAAACAUGUCGGGCAAGCCAAGCUAACCAUCUGAACCGAAUUGGGAUUUUGUACUUUCCUCUCCAAAAACCUCUUUAGAAAAAUCUGUAACAACCUUGGGAAUAACCUUUUAAAGUUGCAUUUCAGUUUAAUAAAACAAGUACAAAACAGGCAGAAAUUGGUGCUGAAGUUCAGGAUUUUCCUCUCACAAGGCAUCGUGGACGUUGUUUGGCAUCAUCCUUUUUUCUCCCAGUAAAGCGGUGAUCCUCACAGAUUUAUCCUCCUGCUGUCCAGAGGAAAGCAUCUUUUCACAACUUGGGAAGGAAACUAUACGCUGUUCUCAUGCCCGUGUCUUUCUGGGAUCGGGCUGUAGCUUGACACCAUGGUAAAGGGGAAAUUUGGGGAAUACUGGGACAACUUUUUUUUAGUUUGCAAACGAUUUCUACUUCGAUGCCGCCUUCUGAUGGACUCUGGUUGCCUUAUUCAAUCCCUCAAAGUCUAAUGGAAAAUGGGUUUCGGGGCAAAGGGAGGGGAGAUUUUGAGGGUGCAUGGAGAAUAAUUACAAUCUAUGCAUAAUAUUAUCAUAAUUGUCUUUAUCAUUCUAAUUCUUUUUUGUUUUUGGAGGCUCCAAGCCAUAGGAUAUCAUCAUUAUAAUGGCGUCCGGAGACAUAAAAUGUCAUAGAAACCAUUGAAACGUUUUUGUCUGUGUUUAUUGGGUACAUUGUUUCUGUAAUAUUCUUUUGUUUAUCUUUUUUUUGUAAUGUGUUGCCUUACAUUUGAUUCAUAGAUAAAUGUUUCAAAAAGGAAAACAUUAAGUUAACAAAUGUAACUGCACUGUUUGAAUUGUAAUUUAUUUGUAGAAGACUAAACAGCUGUAGCGUUCGGCUCACCUAGUGCCUUUCGGAUAACAAUUUUACUGCCAUAUCUGUUUCUUUCCAACAAAUCUUUACUAUUAUGACAAGCAAGUUACUUUGAAAGCAAACGUAUCUAUUACAGCGUGAUUUUCCUUUCUUUUUUAUCGGAACCGAAACGGUUCCAAACAGAGCGGACCAUCUUUUGCAUGUCUUAAAUGUUGUCAACCAAAGUUCAAACGUUCUGCAUGAAGCGCCAUGAUGAAGGCAACAAACAUGUCCUGCUAUUUUCGUAGUCUAUAACAGAACAGAUAACAUUCCCACCGUAAAAGAGUUUGCAUUCAGUGUACAUACUCAAAUGAAACGAGAUGAUGAAUACCUCCUCAAUAAUCCGACAUGGUUUUUACAAUACGUUUUCAGUAAAAGAAGCACUGGAACUAUGAUCUGUUUUGUCGUGGAUGUAUUGCAUGAUAAAUUGCAUUGGAGGCCGCACUGAUGGAUAUGUGUCAAUAAACAUAUCUUUAUCUAUCACCUAA